AUGAGCGCCAUGCGGCUGCUGCUGCUCGCCCUGCUCUUCUCCUCCUCUUUCGCCCGCGCCGGCUGUGACCCCAAGAUCGUCAAUAUCGGCGCGGUGCUGAGCACCAAGAAGCACGAGCAGAUCUUCCGCGAGGCGGUGAACCAGGCCAACAAGAGGCACGGCACCUGGAAGCUGCAGCUCAACGCCACCUCGGUCACGCACAAACCCAACGCCAUUCAGAUGGCUCUCUCCGUCUGCGAGGACCUCAUCUCCAGCCAGGUCUAUGCAAUAUUAGUUAGUCACCCACCUGCUCCCAACGAUCACCUAACACCAACACCUGUAUCAUACACAGCUGGCUUCUACAGGAUCCCUGUCAUUGGUCUGACAACACGCAUGUCUAUAUAUUCUGAUAAGAGCAUCCACCUGUCCUUUUUGCGCACGGUCCCACCAUACUCUCACCAGGCCAACGUCUGGUUUGAGAUGAUGAGAGUCUUCAACUGGAAUCACGUCAUUCUGAUAGUCAGCGACGACCACGAAGGUCGUGCUGCACAAAAGAAGCUGGAGACCCUCUUGGAGGAGAGAGAGUCCAAGGCAGAGAAAGUGCUGCAGUUUGACCCCGGGACCAAAAACGUGACAUCGCUGCUGCUGGAGGCUAAAGAGCUGGAGGCUCGUGUCAUCAUCCUCUCGGCCAGUGAGGAUGAUGCGGCAACAGUGUACAGAUCAGCAGCCAUGCUCAAUAUGACGGGCUCCGGCUACGUGUGGCUGGUGGGGGAACGGGAGAUUUCGGGCAAUGCCCUGCGCUACGCCCCUGAUGGAGUCAUCGGCUUGCAGCUCAUCAAUGGGAAAAACGAGUCAGCCCACAUAAGCGACGCAGUGGCAGUGGUGGCCCAGGCUGUGCACGACUUGUUUGAGAAGGAGAACAUCACUGACCCACCACGGGGCUGUGUGGGCAACACCAACAUCUGGAAGACGGGGCCCCUUUUCAAGAGGGUGUUGAUGUCCUCCAAGUAUUCGGAGGGUGUCACCGGACGGGUAGAAUUCAAUGAGGACGGGGACAGGAAGUUUGCCAAUUACAGCAUCAUGAACCUGCAGAACCGCAAACUGGUCCAGGUUGGGAUUUACAACGGUAGCAAUGUCUUGACCAACGAUAGGAAGAUAAUCUGGCCAGGGGGAGAAACUGAGAAACCUCAAGGCUAUCAGAUGUCGACCAAAUUGAAGAUUGUAACGAUUCACCAAGAACCCUUUGUAUAUGUGAAGCCCACACAAGCAGAUGGGACGUGCAGGGAGGAAUUCACCAUCAAUGGUGACCCUGUCAAAAAGGUCUUUUGUACAGGGCCCAACGAGACCAUCCCAGGCCGGCCCACAGUGGCACUGUGUUGCUAUGGCUUCUGCAUCGACCUGCUGAUCCGCCUGGCUGGUGUGAUGAACUUCACCUAUGAGGUUCAUCUGGUGGCUGAUGGUAAAUUUGGUACCCAAGAGCGGGUGAACAACAGCAACAAGAAGGAGUGGAAUGGGAUGAUGGGGGAGUUGCUGAGUGGCCAGGCGGAUAUGAUUGUAGCUCCCCUCACCAUCAACAAUGAGCGGGCACAGUACAUCGAGUUCUCCAAGCCCUUCAAAUACCAGGGUCUCACCAUCCUUGUGAAGAAGGAAAUCCCCCGCAGCACCCUGGAUUCGUUCAUGCAGCCCUUCCAGAGUACACUGUGGUUGCUGGUGGGACUGUCUGUGCAUGUGGUGGCAGUGAUGCUGUACCUUCUAGAUCGAUUCAGCCCAUUUGGACGGUUCAAAGUGAACAGCGAGGAGGAGGAGGAAGAUGCCCUGACACUCUCCUCAGCCAUGUGGUUCUCCUGGGGAGUCCUGCUGAACUCCGGCAUCGGAGAAGGUGCUCCUCGGAGUUUUUCUGCUCGUAUUCUGGGCAUGGUGUGGGCUGGCUUUGCUAUGAUCAUUGUGGCUUCCUAUACUGCCAACCUGGCUGCCUUCCUGGUGUUGGACCGUCCUGAGGAGAGAAUUACAGGCAUCAAUGACCCCCGGCUGCGCAACCCCUCCGAUAAGUUCAUUUACGCCACGGUGAAGCAGAGCUCGGUGGACAUCUACUUCCGACGGCAGGUGGAGCUGAGCACCAUGUACCGGCACAUGGAGAAACACAACUAUGAGAGCGCAGCCGAAGCCAUCCAGGCUGUGCGAGACAACAAGCUCCACGCCUUCAUCUGGGACUCGGCAGUGCUGGAGUUUGAAGCCUCGCAGAAGUGUGACCUGGUGACAACAGGGGAACUUUUCUUCCGCUCCGGCUUUGGGAUUGGGAUGCGCAAGGACAGCCCGUGGAAGCAGAAUGUCUCACUGGCCAUCCUCAAGUCCCACGAGAACGGCUUCAUGGAGGAUUUGGACAAGACUUGGGUGAGGUAUCAGGAGUGUGAUUCCCGUAGCAAUGCCCCAGCAACACUCACCUUUGAAAAUAUGGCAGGUGUGUUUAUGCUGGUGGCUGGAGGUAUUGUUGCCGGGAUAUUUUUAAUAUUCAUAGAAAUAGCUUACAAAAGGCAUAAGGACGCGCGGAGGAAGCAGAUGCAGCUGGCGUUUGCGGCCGUUAAUGUGUGGAGGAAAAACCUGCAGGAUAGAAAAAGUGGUAGAGCAGAACCUGACCCUAAAAAGAAAGCCACUUUUAGGUCCAUCACCUCCACCCUGGCCUCCAGCUUCAAGAGACGUAGGUCCUCCAAGGAUACGCCCUGCAGAAUGGUCCCUCAGGAGUGCCAGAGAGACAGGCUGGCACCAUGGAGCCAAGACAGCCCCGGGAAGCUGCCACCCCACUCUGAACGUCCUAGCGCCCACCAUCACCCGAGCUGCACAGCCUCUCCGCGGCACAUCAUCCCCACCGCCCCAGGAGGAGAUGCAUGUGUUCCCCAUAGGCAGCUCCUGCAACUCGAAUAG